AUGCGACCGACGGCGACAAGGAUAGCGGGCCGCGUCUGCACCCGCUGCAACAGCGCACCGCGCGCCUCCAUCCUCCCAGCCGUGACAGCAGCUACCUCGACAAGAGUUAGCUCACCACUUUCAGUCCUCACAGGCGGCACCGCCUUCGCCUUCUCCACGACACCGCGCAGCCUCUCGUCCGAAGAGCCGCAGCGUUCACAGCCUCAGUCCGCCCAGCAGCCCACACACUACUCUCUCUUCCCGCAGACGCUCCCCGACGGUCCUCCGCCGGCAGGCCCCUUCCCCAUCCCUCUGCGCACGCUCCGCAAGGAAUUCCUCUCGCUCCAGGCCAAGCACCACCCCGACCUGCACCCGCCUGCGACGCGGCCCCAGGCCGAGCAGAUCUCCUCCGUCAUCAACGAGGCCUACCGCACCCUCGCCAACCCCCUCUACCGCGCGCAGUACCUCCUCGGUCUUCGGGGCGUCGACGUCGCCAACGACGAGACGCUCAAGACGGAGAACCAAGAGCUGCUGAUGGAGGUCCUCGAGGCGCGCGAGAGCAUCGAGGAGGCCGAGGCCGAGGACGACCUCGUUGACCUACGCACUGUGAACGAGGAGCGCAUUAGAAACAGCGAGGAGGAGCUGGACAGGGCGUUUGGGACCGAUGACAUUCAAGCCGCCAAGGAGGAGGCCGUGCGAUUGCGGUACUGGGUCAACAUCCAGGACAGCCUUGACAACUGGGAGCAAGGCAAGCCCGUCGUACUUGAGCACUAA